UUACGAAUUUCCGUUUUUAAUUUACAUAUAGUAAUGAGCAGAUAAGUUCAAAAAACAAUAAUAAAAAUACUACUCAAAUGGCAACAGAACAGGCAGACCCAAAAGAUAUUUUAUUUCCAACAAAAAAGACUUUCAGAGUGAAAGACCAACUUAAAGAUAAUUACAUUUCAACCAACGAAACUAUAGAUAGUCAUGAUCCAAGAGGUAUCAAUAUUUAUGAUUAUGCUGUGGCUAGAGCUUAUGAAAUAAAAAAUCUUCAAACUGCAUUAAAAGAAGCUGACCAUUUAAAACAUCAGAGAAUUUUUCAGCAACUUCCAAGGCAUAUGAGAAGACGAGCUGCUAGCUAUGAUAUUAGAAGAUUACCACAUCGUCUUAGAGAAAAAGCGCAGGCUGAAAAUGUCACCAAACCAAAACAAAAGACAAGAAAGUAUAAAAGAAAACCAAAAAAUCUUCUUGAGGAAUAUACCAGAAGAAGCCGAGAAAAUUCAUGGCUUGAGACUCACAUAUGGCAUGCAAAAAGAUUUAAAAUGGUUGAUAUGUGGGGUUAUAGAGUUGCUUUGAAACCAUGUGACAAAGGUUACAGAGCAGCUUAUAGAGCUUCACAGAAGUCUGCAAUAUUACAGGAUAAAACUUACACAGAAGUUAUUGAAAUAAAGAUCAGUUAUGAAAAGUUGACAGAAAUUUGGUCUCAUAUCACUCCUCCUGAGACUGACUGUUUAUUGCAUUGUAAAGAUUUUGUGGCGGGAAAAAAAUAUAUCAAGCAGAUUUUAUAUUAUCCAGAUUCUUAUCCAAAGAACUGCAUUGGUCCAAUUUAUAUUAUUAAUGGUAAAAAUCUAUCUGAUGGUAGAAACUUAUUUUUUCUUGUCUCUCACCCAGAAAUAUCAAAGAGUGUUGUUGAUAUUUUUCAAAUAUUAUCAAAUACAGAAUCAAAAAAAAUGAACGAGAAAGAAGCGAAUACAAUUGAUGUUUUCUGUCAUAGACUUGAUUUUGUUAUAUUCUCAUUAAAUGGUCCACUAAGUAGUUCAAUUGUGCAAGAAGCACUAAAUUUAGAUAAAGUUCAUUGGAACUCUGGAAAUCAAUCAGUCACAAAUGUUUUGGUUGAUGAUCCAAGGUUUCAUAUACCAUACAAAAAACAGAGUCCAUUCCACAUAAGCCAUCAAACAGAAAAAGGAGGUGAAAUACAGGAGCACUCUGAUCUCUGGAAUGAAACAAAUAGAGAUGAUAUAAAAAAAAAGAAGAUAUCUGAUGAUGCAAUUAACAAAAUGAGGAGUGAACUAUUGGUUUCUGGAAGUGCUUUACCUAUUGAAAGCCCAAAAAUACCAAUUGUUAUUUUGCAAACAUCUAAUUCUGAUUCUGAUAAUUCCAAACUUUGCAAUGAGGGAUACUAUUUGAUUCUUCCGAGUGGUUGGGCUAUGCCUUUUUGGAUAGCACUUGUUUAUCAAGGUGCACGUGUUGGUGCAUUAAAUGAAGAUCAAAAGCUUUCAUAUGAAGCCCUUGUACCAUAUUUUCCAAAUAAUUUUCCUGAUACUAAUGCAGGUAAAAAGGAUGCCGAAAGACGAAAAAAAGAAAAUGAAGAUUUAUAUAAAAGGUUUCCUCCGCAAGUUAAACAAAAUUAUGAUUUAAAUGGUGUUGCAAAUCCAUUUGGAUUACCAUGGAAUGAAAUAACUUCACAGUGGAGGUUCAACAUCCCUUCUCUAUUGCCAGAUUUAUUUCAAAAUUUUAUAAUACCAAAAUCAGAAUUUUAUGUUCUUAGAGAUCAGUUAUUAUUAAACCAGAUAAAGCUAGGAAAGCUUUCAGAAAAGAAUUUAAUUGAUAAAUUGUUAUAUCAUGCUAACAGCCUAGUAUAUAUUCGUGUUUAUUCAUGCCACAAUGGUUGUCCAGAAGAUAAUUCUAUGUUGUGUAUUCCUACUGGUGAUGAUUUAACUAAGUUUCGUGAUGAUACCAAAAAUUUACAUGAAAUAGAGACUGGACCUGAAGAACCUCUUCACAAAGGAUUGCAUAAAUUCUUUCCACAUGUUUGUAAACAAUAUGGAAUUGAUAGAUAUAAUGCCAGAGACAUUGGAGCAACAACAAGAUGGGUAUUAGGAUAUAUUUUAACAGGAGAUUACUCUCUCAGUCGUGGUAAAGGAGCCGGCUUAGGUUUAGUCACUAUUUUGGGGUUAUUAUUUUUAACAUCGUUAAAACUUUAUUCAGAAGAAGAUAAAUUUACCCUUCUUUUCAGAAACAUUGACACUAGGAAAUAUAGAUUUUGUAAUAUUGAGAUUAUUUAAGCUUUGUUUGAAUUAAUGAUUGAUGUUUCUUGUGAAAUAACAUAAGCUUUUUUUUUUUA